AAAAAACGAAAGUGCACAUCAGACAAAGAAAAGCAAUGGAUAUGAAUGGAUGUUGCCACUGUGUAGCAUUAUGUUUGUGUUUGGCGUGGUCAGUAAGUGGUGGAGACGUUGUGUUAGCUGUGAGGACGGACAGUGCCCGCACCCCGGCAGCCAAUCUCUUGCACGACGGUUUCCACUGCUACCAGUGCUCCUUUGAUCGGUACAACAAAGCAGAAUGGAACAAGGAGGAGUGUAUUACCAACCCGGAAACAAUCCGACCGACAUUCCCGUGUAACGAAACCAGCUACUGCAUCACUCAGGCAAAAUUUGAUACCGAAUCGGGGACUGUUAUCUACUUCUACCGGUCAUGCAGCUUAACGCCGAUGGAUUACUGCGACACCAAUGGACCGGAACUACUGACUGCGAUUUCGUGCCAAGGCGAACUCUGUAAUAACCACACCGAACUCUACCGGAUAUGUUCAGUUACAACUGACAACAUAUCCUCGACCGGGUAUGAAAUAUUGCCAUCCCUUGGUAGAACGAUGUAUGAAACAACUACACCGAUCUGGGAAUGUAACAUCGCCUCAAGUAUCAAAAUGACGUAUAUCCUUUCUCACAGUGAAAAUCUGCUGAUGAGCUUGUGCAUAGUUAUGAUUUCUGAUUUAUACAUCUGAUGAAGAUGUUAUGUAUUUGGACUUAGGACCUGUCAUGACCCUUUACUUCGUACAGAUAAUCACUUGUUGGUGCAAAAUAAAGCAACGGAACUUA